CUCUCUUUCUCCAUCCCUCUCACAUAUGCAGACACCACUCUUAAGAAAUCCCUCAGCCCCCUCCUCCUUAUUCCCCUCCUUUCCUUCCUCCCCCUCUCUGUCACAGCUUCCCACACACCGAGGUGGGGCUUUCACCCUCUCACCCUCUCAUCAUUCUUAUAACUCAGGAUAGCGAUGGGAUUAGCUGUGCUUUACGUGUGCGGAGCCCUGCUGGCCAUCUCCAUGACCCCUGGGAACUAUGCAAACCCCAGCGAGGGAAACUUCCAGUGGGGUACAGAAUCUGGGAGCUGCCUAGUAACUCUAAAGCCUGCAGGGAAGUGUGGGGGAGAGGGGAUAGAAGAGGAAGCAUGCCCCUACCGAUUUAUCUUGCCUCCACUGGACAUCAUGCUGCCCUGGCAGCUCAGGGAGUUGGAGAGGACGGUGAAGGAGGUGCAAAGGCUAAAGGAGACUGUGGAGCAGCUGAAGAGAGCCUGCAUGGAGUGCAAGAUGAGCCAGAGGGAGAGAGAGAGAGAGAGGCUGGGGGACAGAAAGAGGGAGAAGGAGAAAGAAGAGAAGGAGAAGGUGAGAUUGGGAGACAGAGAGAGGGAGAAGGAGAAAGAGGGGGAGAAGAAGUCAGAGAGACAAGGGGGCAGAGAAAGGAAGAUGGAGAUGGAGAAGGAUGGAGUGGAAGAAAGGGCCAUGGAGAAUGAGAGAAAUAUUGUAGAGGAGAGAAAGAGAGAACGGGAGAAAGGGUGUGAGAACGAAUGGGAAAGGGAAAAGGAGAGCGAUAGGGAGGAAAACAAGGAAUGGGAGAUAGAGAGGGAGAGAAAAAUAGAGGAUGAGACUAAGAGAGAGGAAGAGGAGGAC